AUGAAUUGGCGCUCAGAACGUAUAUGGAUAGAACUUAUAACGGGAUCUCGAAAAAUAAGUAAUUUCUCUUGGGCCUUUAUCCUUUUUUUAGGUUCAUUAGGAUGUAUUGGUAGGAAUUUGCUAUCUUUAUUUCCCACCCAGCAAAUUCUUUUUUUUCCACAAGGAAUUGUGAUGUCUUUCUAUGGGAUCGCGGGCCUCUUUAUUAGCUCCUAUUUGUGGUGUACAAUUUCGUGGAAUGUAGGUAGUGGUUAUGAUCUUUUCGAAAAAAAAAAAGAAGGAAUAGUAUGUAUUUUUCGUUGGGGAUUCCCUGGAAAAAAUCGUCGCAUCUUCUUCCGAUAUCUUAUAAAGGAUAUCCAAUCUAUUAGAAUAGAACUUAAAGAGGGUAUUUCUACUCGUCGUGUUCUUUAUCUGGAAAUUAGAGGCCAGGGAGCCAUUCCUUUGACGCGUACUGAUGAAAAUAUGACUCCACGAGAAAUUGAACAAAAAGCUGCUGAAUUGGCCUAUUUUUUGCGUGUACCAAUUGAAGUAUUUUGAAAAAGAAAGCGAUUCUGCCACGUAUUCAUGGACAGGCAGGAAUUGCUUUGCUUUCACUUUUCGCAAUUUCAAUAGCCGUAAACACUCUUUUUUUUUCUUCAGUGGACUCUUUUUUCUAUUUCUGUAUUCUUUCGCGAGUCAAGGACUAAUUAGCACUAUCAAAUCACAAAAAAACAAA